AUGGCAGCGGAUCAGCUGGGCCCAGCGACAGCCUGGUGGCGAGACCCCGGCUUGAGGACGUUGUACCUCUUGUUACCGAUUGUCAUUCUUAGUAGUUCGUACCAGGGCUUCGACGGCAUGAUCAUGAACGGCUUGCAACUUCUCCCAUCCUGGCAAAAAGAGUUUAACCACCCCACGGGCCCGAUUCUCGGCCUGCUCAACUCCAUUCAGUCUGUUGGUGCCAUCGUGGCACUGCCCCUCGUGGGUUGGCUCGUAGACAGGAUCGGCCGGCGAGCGUCGAUUGCUUUCGGCGCCGCUUGGACAUUGGUCGGUGCCAUUCUCCAGGGCUCGGCUAAGCACGUCGCACCAUUCAUCAUUGCCCGUUUUCUCAUCGGCUGGGGUCUCGCCUUCACAGUCGUUGGGGCUCCGCUGCUGCUUGCUGAGCUGGCGUUGCCAAAGCACCGAGGAACCGUUUUGUCCUAUUUCCCAACAGCGUGGUAUAUUGGGGCAAUAAUUGCCGCUUGGACGACCUACGGAACGCAGCACAUCGAAAACUCAUGGUCUUGGAGAACCCCGAGCAUACUUCAAGGAGUUCCUGCCGUGAUUCAACUGCUACUCAUUUGGCUCGUCCCAGAAAGCCCGCGAUGGCUCAUUUCCAAGGGAAGUGGUGCCAAAGCAAGGCAAAUACUGGUCAAGUACCAUGCCAACGGCGAUGAGCAAAGCCCCAUCGUGGACAUCGAGUAUAGCCAGAUCAAGGAAGCUAUUCUUCAAGAUACUCGAGUGAAGAAAGAAGGCAGCUAUCUUGAUCUUAUCUCUGGCAACGGACUUGUCCAAUACUACCUACAUUCGGUCCUUAACAGCAUUGGCAUCACCGAGACUGUUCAGCAAACAACAAUCAACGGUUGCUUAUCGAUAUACAACUUUGUUCUCGCGAUGGUUGCGUCGCUGCUCGUGGAGAAGGUCGGCCGACGAAGGCUGUUCCUAAUUUCUACCACCGGAAUGCUGGUAGCCUUUAUCCUCUGGACAUCCUUUGCGGCCUUAUACACCACCCAUAAGACAAAUAACUACGCCAUUGGUGUCCUUGUCUCAAUAUUCCUCUCUAAUGGUGCAUAUGACCUCGGGUGGACGCCUCUAUGGGCAUAUCCUGCCGAAUUGCUGCCAUUCGAGACUCGAGCCCGCGGCGUUGCGUACAUGACUGGCGUAAUGCACAUCUGGGGAUUCUUCUCGACCUUUGUUAACCCCAUCGGCUUGCAAAAUAUUGGCUGGAAGUAUUAUAUAGUAUACAUAGUGUAUACUUUGAUCGAGCUGCUUGCCGUUUGGCAGUUCUUUGUCGAGACCAGAGGAUAUACACUCGAGGAGAUCACUUGA